UGAUAUAAUAUUUCUUUUCUAUAAAAUUUACACUACGGUGUACAAGAUUUUUAUAAAAUUGGUUCCUAUACAAUAGAUUCCUAGAUUAUGUAGAAAAGUUUCCCGCAGAAUCUAAAAUCCUACAUAUUUUCCAUAUAAAUUCUAUGAAUCAAAAGAGUCCAUUAGGUGAAAGGGCUGCUGACCAUGAAAUUUUGAAUUUCCACCGCUCCAAAGUGUAAGAGCAUCUUCACCGACGCACCCCAUAUAGUCGCUGGCAGGGGGACCGACACUGUCGUAUGGGUCGCGCCGGCACAACAUCCUUCAUUUGGUGGAGCUGCUUCCACACCGGCGUGCCCAUACGACAACCCCGAUAGAUAAUUUUAAUUGAAAACCCAAACAAAAGCAUAGAAAUUCGAAUAAGUUCCCGAAUUUAAAGUUUGAGCCAACACAUGGCCACCAAAUUCGAAUAGGUUUUCGAAUAUAAAGUUUGGCCAACAUACGGCCACCGAAUCACGGUCUCCGGCUGCAAAAUACAAGUUCGGCUUCCAAGCAAACUGACCAGAUGAACAGGUCAAGGGCGGCUCAACCUCGACGACUUCCUCAUCGGCGGCGAGCCCCGGCCGCAGCUCCGACGCUGCAAUAGGAUCCACGGUCGCCGGGGGAGGCAUGAACGUCGAUGGUGCCGACGGAGACAUGAACGUGGAGGGUGCCGGCGGAGACAUGAACGUGGAGGGUGCCGACGGAGACAUGAACAUGGAGGGUGCCUAGGGAGACGCCGACGCAGCUCGUGCCGCCAGCAACUCUUGGCCGAUGCGCUCGCGGUACAUCUCGUGCCACGCCCACGCCAACGGGUCCAUCUUCUCUAUGUCGGCCAUGAAGAUCUUGGAUUCUUAAGACAUCUUGGCCAAAGAAAGCUGCGUCGCUUCGUUGGUGGCAUUCAUGGCAGCGGCGUGAGCUUCCAUCUUUGCCGCCUCCACAGUCUCCCUCUCCAACUCGAUCUUCAUGUCUUGCUUGUCGAGGAUUGCCUUCCACACGACGACGGCUCUAUCCGCCGCUCCCUUGUUCUCCAUUGAGAAUGAGGUUAUAAUCUUCUCGAGGGAGGCGUCCAUGGCGGCCAAUGCCGGCGCCGCAUUCCUCUUGGUCUUGGCCUUCUUGUUGCCAAUGGGACGCUCGGUGGAGGCGUCGGCUGGAUCGACCGGUCCAUCUUCCCCGUCCUUGUUUAGAGUGUGGCGGAGGUCGUCCCAUUUCUUGCAACCUUGUAGCUUGUUGAAACAAUGCAUGAAGGGGAAAUGGAGCGGCGACGAGGGUUUUUCGGUUUGGAGGUUGGAUGAGAGAUGGAGCGACGGCGAGAGAAAUGAGCGGCGGAGGAGACGAAGUUUUGGUGGAAAAGAUGUAUACUUUUGGGAUGUGUGACUGAUAGGCGGCACCCGCGCUCAAAAUUUUACCGGUACUCCCGAUUCUCGCCCUUUGUCAAGGAAGCAGCACGUGGUUGCCGACGCUUCUAUUAGGCUCGAAAAAGUACCGACGCUAUUUGGGACGCGCCGAUGUAAGCCAAAUCGCUAUCGGGGCUGUUAUGGGCCGCGCCGGUGGAGAUUACGAAUUGCAGCUAUCAUACACAAUCUGAACAAACGAUUAGAGCCACAUAACCAAGGGACGGAAUUUCCAUUUCGAUUAGAGCGCAAAACCAAGGUUCGAGACGUGCCGCGAUGGUCUCGCUUCCGUGCGCGUCACUUCGGGGAUAUGUUGUUACUAAUUCCAGUCGCUGGGGCGGCGUGCGCGCAGGGUGUUCGGCCUAAUGACUCUUCCUCCGGGGUCGAUUCCAGUCGCCGGGGCGGCGUUUGCGCAGGGUGUUCGGCCUAAUGACUCUUCCUCCGGGGUCGAUUCCAGUCGCCGGGGCGGCGUGCGCGCAGGGUGUUCGGCCUAAUGACUCUUCCUCCAUUGCCUACAUCACCUCUAGUGCAGGUCGUGCCGACAUGCCCACUGAGACCGACCGAGGUCAAGCUAAGGGUACGGGUUGCGCGUGACGACCUCGCCUCAGGGUCUUCGAACACGGCCGUGCCAGGUAAGGUACGUGGUCGCUGUGUGGAUGCAGGGCUCCAUCCGAAGUUGUUGGCUUAGCUACAGUGUGCCAAUUGUGAUAGUUGUUAGCUAGUGCUAGAGCAGAGAAGACACCCUCGAUCCAUCUAAUGCCACCAGAGGAAUCUGUGUCAGUUAGCACAAAAGUUGGCAGAAUGUAGUAGCUGUAACAUUUCUAUUGGUGGAGCAUGCUUAGUUAUCGUCACAAAAGGGAAAAAAGAAAAGUUUUCUUUUUGGAGCACGUGAUAGAGAACCUGCUUGCUGUGCAUUGACUUGCUUGACUAGAACAGUAACAAGCACGCACAAGUAUUUGUUAGUCCCAUGCAUAUGUAAAUGCCAUAGCCUCUGCCUCUCGCUCAGCUACACGACUCUGGUUUUGCUCACGGAAGCAAAGAAGACUCAUGAAUCUAUGCGUUGCAGUUCCCUUAUUCUUUAUCUUUCAGUUCAUCCAUGCCCAGCCUGAUGAUCUAGGUUUCAUAAGCAUCGAUUGUGGUAUCCCAGUGUACUCUACCCACCAAGAUCCCGUUACGAGUAUACUAUAUGUAUCAGACUAUGGUUUCAUCGGCACAGGAGAAAAUCGCAACAUCUCCUCAGAUUACAUAAAUCCAUCACUUGCUAAAGGCUACUUCAAUCUCCGGUUCUUUCCACAUGGCCCAAGGAACUGCUACACCCUGAGGUCCUUGGUGACAGGAAACAGGUACCUUGUUCGUGCCUCCUUUUACUAUGGAAACUACGACGGCCUGGGUAAACCUCCCAUCUUUGAUCUGUACCUGGGAGCAAACUACUGGCAUGAAGUUAAUUUUGAUGCAAGAUCAGUUAAUUGGAUGGACAUCAUAGUUGUGUCUCCUACUGAUUACCUGCAAGUUUGUCUGGUUAACAAAGGGAGGGGAACUCCUUUUAUAUCUGCGCUGGAGUUGAGGUCACUGAACACCACUCUUUACCCACCGGUAAAUGCAAGUCAAUCACUCGCGCUGAUUAGUUCUAAUAGGUUCCUCUUGGGGCCCACAGGCAAAUCAAUAAUCAGGUACCCCUCGGACACCCAUGACCGCAUCUGGUCAACGUAUGAUGCAGUUCCGAAUUGGACGGAGAUAUCUACAACAUAUGACAUUCAGAAUAACCUCAGCGGUGUCUACGAUGUGCCGUCAUCUGUUAUUCAAAAUGCAGCAACUGUUAAUAGCUCAAGAAUGGAUUUCUCGUGGGAUCCAUCUGAUACAUCGGUGGACAUAAGCUCCAAGUACUUCUUUGUUUUCUACUUGGCUGAGCUGCAGAAUGUACCCAGAAAUGCGGUGCGGCAGUUUGAUAUCAUUAUCAAUAACAAGACAUGGAACACACAACCUUACACGCCAACAUACCUAUUUGCCAAUUAUUUUUCAGGCAUUGUAGAUGGGAUGUCAAAUUUUAGGGUGUCACUUGUUUCUACAAAAAAUGCAACACUGCCACCUAUCCUCAAUGCCAUGGAGAUGUACUUGGUGAAACCGAUAACUGAGGUUGCAACUGACCCUGGAGAUGCUAAAGCCAUGAUGGCCAUCCAAGAAGAUUUUGGUGUGCUAAAAAACUGGAUGGGAGAUCCAUGUACUCCAAAAGCUUUUGUAUGGAGAGGAUUAAAAUGCUCAUAUUCUGCAGCGGAUCCCUCUAAAAUAACAGCAUUAAACCUAUCGUCCUUUGGGUUAGUUGGUGACAUCUCUGCUAAUUUGAAAGAUCUCAAGGCACUCCAGUAUCUGGAUUUGUCACACAACAACUUGUCUGGGCCUAUUCCCGACUUUCUUGGGCAACUUUCAUUACUAAUAUUUCUGGAUCUGACCAGCAAUGAUAUCAGUGGACCAAUUCCUGACAGCCUUCUACAAAAAUCCAAAAAUGGGUCCCUAUCAAUAAGGAUUGGUGAUAAUGCAAAUCUUUGUGGCAAUAGUACUGCCUGCAUAUCAGGUCGGAAGAAAUUCAAUGGGACACGUCUAGUUGCAAUAAUUGUACCAAUAGUUGCCAGCAUGGCACUAUUUAUUGUCUUAUUUCUUCUGAUGCGCCCAGUGCUCAAAGGAACCACUGCACUGUUUACUGUCUUAUUUGUUCUGCUACGCCCAGUGCUCAAAGGAAAAGAUGAAUCAGUGUUACUUGAAAACCGAGAAUUCUCUUACAGAGAACUGAAGCAUAUUACUGAUAACUUCAGCCAAGAGAUUGGCAAGGGAGGGUUUGGACCAGUCUUCCUUGGCUACUUGGAGAAUGGAAACUCAGUAGCUGUGAAAGUGCGUUCCGAGUCAUCGUCCCAAGGGAGUAAAGAGUUUCUGGCUGAGGCUCAGCACUUGACGAGGAUUCACCACAAGAACUUAGUUUCCUUAAUUGGCUACUGCAAAGACAUAAACCAUUUAGCUCUUGUUUACGAGUACAUGCCCGAAGGGGACCUGCAGAGUUAUCUGAGAGCCACUUCUACUAGUAGACCGCUCACUUGGGAGCAACGUCUUCAGAUCGCCCUUGAUGCUGCACAAGGUCUUGAGUAUCUGCACAUCGCGUGCAAACCACAAUUGAUUCACAGAGAUGUGAAGAGCAGGAACAUUCUCCUGGCGACUGAUCUUGUGGCUAAGAUUGCUGAUUUUGGCUUGACCAAGGUUUUUGGUGACUCAAAAACACACAUAACCACUGAACCAGUUGGUACUUUUGGCUACUUAGAUCCCGAGUACUUCCGCAGUUUUCGCGUCACCGAGAAGAGCGAUGUGUUCAGCUUUGGCGUCGUCCUCCUGGAGCUCAUCACAGGCAGUCUUCCAGUCGUACCGAUCAGCGACAACAUGAGAAUCCACAUUGGUGAGUGGGUGCAACAGAGCCUCGACCACGGCACCAUGGAAAACAUUGUGGAUACAAAGAUGGGAGGGGACUAUGAUAUCAACUCUGUCCGAAAAGCUGUCGCCCUUGCACUGCACUGCAAGCGAGAGGUCUCCCGGGAGCGUCCGGCGAUGGCUGAGGUGGUUAUGCAGCUUAAGGAGUGCUUGGUGCUUGAGAACCGUUGGGACAGGAUGCGAAGAAACUUGGGUUCCAAUGGUGAUGGUUUGACUUUGACCUGCGCUAGAGAGGGAAGUGCACUUGAGGCAGAAGAAGAACAAGGUGAGGAGAUAGAAGCGGUUGCUUAUGGUCCUGCAAUGUGAUACUAGUGGUUUUGAUGAUGUUAUAUGAGUGCUGGAGGUUUGAGCACUCUUACAUUACCUUUAUGAUAAACCUUUGUCUUGUCUCUCUUUGUGACGUUCUUAAAUUUCUGGCUAUGUUUAGAUGAAUUUUCCACCAAAAGAAAAUUAUGGAGAUGAAAUGAGAUCAGCCAUGUAUUUGAUA